GUUGUUCCUUGUCCCAUACCCGUACAUUGUAUUCGAUACAAAACACUUCUUCUGCAUAACGCACAGCUAAAAUACUCUCUUGUAUGGAGCGUUUCAGCGUAAGGACCUGUUUCGCUGAAGUGAACCGGUUCGUGUGCCUAAAGAAUCACUCAAUAUCCACUGGUACUUCUCACCUGAACGCCGUCCCGAAUUCCCUGGAUUUUCUUUGGAAAUGCGCGGCAUCUUCUAGGCAAAGAUCCAUGACCAUUUGCCUAGGUUCCGUCGCCAAUCUGAGGCGUACCAAGUACUCGGAGCCUUUUCAACACUAGCUUCUUGUUCUCACCUGUUCUAUUCCUUUUGUGCUCAAGGACAUGUCCAGCGCUCGCUCGAUAUUGUGCUUCUCCUUGAUUAGGCCACGAAUAUCCUUUGUUUCAAGACGCUCGAGAUGUCUUCUCGUAGAAGUGGACGAUAUCGGAAGGAUAGGUCUGCGAGUUGGAGUGACUUCAACCCGCAUGUUUCGCUGCAUAGCAUAAAAACGCGAUCACGUCGUUCUUCCAAUUGUUACUUGUCAUAUCAGAUAUCACUAUAACAGUUCAGCGGGCAGCAAACCUCGUUGGCAUUCCGACGCUUUGAAAACACAUUUCGGUUCCCCGUCCGCCUUUGUCCCAGCAAUUACCCCCAGCUUCACUUUCCCGACUUUGACUUGCAAAUAACUCGCUGUGCCUCCUGCCCACCCACCCGCUUACCUGCCACAUUGAAUACCCUGUGCCCAUCUCCUCGUGCUGCGUCGACUCACCUGGUCGUGCAGCGCAUGUAUAUGUUGCGUACUGUCGUGAACUAGAUCGCUGCUUGCACCGUUCAUUGGGGUCGCCUCGCCUACUCUCGGCUGUUGUUGCACUGGUGUCAUGAUACAUAGGCAUACUUCGCCCAGGGUAUUAAUUGCGGAGAGCCCCAGCCGGUCUUUUGACGAUCAUAUUGUACUUUCACUUAAACUCACCAUGUCGCACUCUGACGAUCACUUUCAUUAUGGAUGUUUUCCCCGACCUGCACGUAGAAAUAGCCCCGCCACGGGUAACAACAAUCCCAACAGUAACCCAGGCAGCGUCCGCUCAAGGGGUCUUUUUGGGCUCGGCCAUGGUGGGCGGACCGUGCUUCCUCCUCUCUUUCGUUCCUCACGUUCUCCAGCUCCCGACAUGUUCCCUGCAAAUCAGUACGCUCAACAGGAACCAACGCAGGGACGUACCGAUUACAAUCUACCUACAUCAUCAUACGGUCAUUCGCAAUGGCCUAGUAAUACCGUUCAAGCAACUCAUCAGUCCACGUCAUAUCCAGCCGAUCCUCGAUAUUCUAUUCCUCAAGACCAAUAUUCAUCGUCGUACCCCGCUCGAGGAAACACAUCCAUCUCUAUGGAUCCGCACGACGCUCGCGCCCUGCCUCCUAUCGGCUCUCAACCACAAGGACAGUACUACAACACUUCCUCUAACCAUCCUAUGGCAUCGGCCUCUCACGCUCCUUCUAGUCGCUCACCUAUCGAUCAGUUCCCCGGGCAAUUUACGUACAAUAACCCUUCUGCGGCUUAUUACCCGCCUGACCCGAGAACCUUACCCCCACCUGUCCCUUCUGGUUCUUUUAACCAAAUACCAGGUGCCGCCAUACCACGUCGAUCGUCUAUGAGCGUCGACCGCACCAUUCCUUCGAGAGCGUCCAUUCAUGGACAGGUGCCGUACGCUCGCGAUCCGCACCAACUAGGACCGUCCUACUCGCAUGAUCGUAAUGAACCCCUUAUCAAACCAAAGCGAAAGCGAGCGACGGCAGACCAAUUAAAGGUCUUGAAUCAGAUGUAUGAUCGUACUGCAUUUCCAUCUACAGAAGAAAGGGUCGCCCUGGCGAAGCAGCUUGGCAUGUCCCCGAGAAGCGUACAAAUAUGGUUCCAAAAUAAGCGUCAAGCUCAGAGGACUCUGAACAGACAGCAAGAAAUGUCUUCAAGCGCGCCUCCACCUCCGCCGCAGCCUUCAAAUCCGUACCAAUCGAGUUCUUUAUACGGCGCGGUCCCUCCCGGUGUCUAUCAGCCUCAACCCAGGCCCUCCACAGCCCAAGGCCAUCACAUGUCUGGUUCACCAGGCUACGAUCCGUCCCCAUCGCCAUCGUCGCAUUCCAGAGGACGAAGCCGUGAUGCCGAUCGUAAUAACCGUCGUUCUCCCAGCCGACCCCGUUGAUCGUCGAUACGUGACAUCAGCACGUCGCCGCUGGCCAGGGCGUUGCUGGUGGCUUCGACCGGACCUACUCUAUCUCGGCCAUGAACCAUUCAGCUAUGCUAUCUCGCUCCCUAAUUCUCAUUAUUUCUUUAUUAUCGCCGUCCGCAUGCGCAUCCACAUAAAGACAUUCCACAUACACACUCACGGACUGGUAUUUGCUAUUUACUCACUAUUUCCUGUGUUAUUGCUAUUUCAAGUCCAAACUAUAUCGCUCACUCACUCACGCAUCAUAGGCUGUAUCAUUUAUCGUAUUUAGCUUCCCCGCAUUGCACUCAUUACAUGCUAGAUUAUCUUAUGCUAUCAUAGUUUGCUUCCAGAAUAAUUCUUUACUACGUAGUUGCUUUGUACUUGCUCUUCUAUGAUGCUUUCUUCGCUAUACCACAUGCUUUUUUGACAUUAUCUUUGUCCAUCUGCAUUGUCAUUCGUCAUUGCUUUGACUUUCAAACCUUCCUGACCUUCUCAACGAACCUGCUGAUUUCUCCUACUACGUACUUAGUACGUAUUCUAUUCAGCGGCAUUCAUAAUCGAGAUUAUCACUCAAAACUUAAAAUGCCAUGAACGCCAGGAACAUGCUU